AUGGACAUAACGUGCCUAAUUAAUCGUGGGCCGUCGAGCUACGUGCUCACCGUGUCUGGCGACCACAAACUGGAAGACCUAAAGGAUGCAAUGGCAGCACACUCAUCGCUGCAGUUUGUUGAACACGACGCUAUCCUGCAGGUGCAUCACAAAACUUUCAACACAUUUGUAAAUGUGGAUGAGAACACCACACUAGAAGACAACUGCAUCAUUAGGGUUCUUGAUGUAUGCAUAAUUGCUGACGGAUCAUCAGAGGAAGCCGUAAGCCUGUACCCUGGCCAUCUGUAUGAUACAGCUGCGAGGGAGCUUGUUCAGCGCUAUCCUCAGCUAAGAGAUGGCUUUGGUGAUGGACAUAUGUCAUGGCAGACAGCAUUAAGGUACAAGGGAAAAAACACGCGCAAGAAAUUGCCUGCAGGCAUUAAAGAAGUGGACGAGCUGCGGGAAAAAGCAAAAAGGCGCAAAGCUUCAAGCACGUGCGAGGAAGACAGCAAUACUAAAACGGCCAAGGUCCACGUAAGAAAGUCUUCUUUCUGGAACGGUGCUUUCAAUGAAGGGGAAGACGAGAGGAGCACUGAAGCACAUAUUGAGAUAAUGAAGAAGGAGAUGCGCGUGGCCGGUGGGAAUGCAGACAAAAUCCGAGAGUCUAUGCAUAAGACUUUCCGCAAGCGUAGGACUUUCAUAGAAAUGGAAAAGCCAGCCGUCACAGAUUUGCUCCAGAUAUACCCAGCAUUGAGUCUUGAAAGAGAGCUUCUGAACGAGUUCCAUCGGCUGACAGGUUUAAAUGCAAAGGAAAGAAUAAAUGCGUUUGUGGAAAAGUAUGGCCAGAGAAUCUUGGCACUGGCACCCAAGAAAAAACGCCCACUGGAAGAAGACCCGGACGACGCUUAUUACUAUACUGUAUCUGUGCUCAUGUCCCUGCCUCGUUUGGCCAAGGAAGACCCCAGUGCCAUAAUUGCACAGCUGGUGCCUGGGGAAAGCCACAUGUACCCGAAGAUUUUACACUCUGCAGAGCACCCGGCGACGUCCUCAGCUCUUCUUGUUUCAUUUGAGACAUUGCAGCUCACAGCUGUGGACGUGGUAGAUGGGUUCGCCUUGCUUUUGGCAGUGUUCUGGGCUUUUAAUGUCCAGUACACGCCAAAGGGAAGGCGAACUUGUCUUCUGUUGGAGGCCCUGAUGGGCCUUGAACCCACCGCUGUUGCACCUAGCAUCGUGCAGGUAGCAACCUCAGUCAUGCGGGACGCUAGCUAAGUGCCGUAUGGCUCAGUAUGGUUCUCAUUGUCAGGGAGUGACAAACUUUUUGUCAGGGAGUGACAGAAAUAUUUAUUUAUUUAUUUUUGUUCUGUGUUCUGCAAUAAAAGAAAUAUUUGUAGAAAUAAAUAUGAUGUUAUUUUAGUCA